AUGACUUAUGAGAUACUUUAUUUACAACAUAAUAUUUCAAUUAAAAAUAAGUUUGUGGUUCAAUGGUUAUUAGAAAACUACGAGACAGCUGAUGGUGUAUCUCUGCCAAGAUCAACGCUUUAUAAUCAUUACUUACGUCAUUGUUCUGACAAUAAACUAGACCCUGUGAAUGCAGCAAGUUUUGGUAAAUUAAUUCGGUCUGUCUUUCUUGGUUUAAGGACUCGGCGCUUAGGAACCCGUGGUAAUUCGAAAUACCAUUAUUAUGGAAUACGAGUAAAACUGACUUCAUCUUUGAUGAUGUUAAAUGAAGAUGGAACAUCGCGACAUCAACCAACUUCAAAUAGUCACACAAAACGGUUCAAAUUUGUUAGUAAUCAGAAACAAGAAUCGAUGUAUGAAAACAACUCCCAUGGAAACACAAAUAUUUCUUCGAGUAAUUUAUCGUCACAAUACCAUCAGUACUUGGGUGAAUCAAAUGGUGCUAUUCCUGCGUUUCCUGAAAUAAUUGUUAACCAUGAUUCAUCUAUCCCUGAAGAUUGUACUUUAGAAGAUAUUGAUACAUUUCGUAGUAUUUAUCGUGAGCAUUGUGAAGCUUUUCUUGAUGCUGUUCUCAACUUUGAGUUUGGUACAAUUGAAAGUUUAUGGCGUGAAUUUUGGAGAAGUCAAGACAAUAAUAAUGGAGACGAAUGUGAAGAAGAGAAAUAUUUAUCGAAAACAAAACUUUAUCACAUGUGCAAAUGUGAUGAGGUACAAGAUUUUAUCAAAACUGUUGAUUAUACAUUUUAUCAAAAUUUAGUAGAAGUACUGAUGCCAGACGUUCUUCGUCCAAUACCCAGCACAUUAACACAGUCUAUAAGAAACUUUGCAAAGGGAUUGGAAUCAUGGUUAACGGCAGCCAUGAAUGACUGUCCAGAGGAAAUGAUGCAAAUUAAAUUAACAGCUGUUUCGGCUUUUGCUCAAACUUUACGAAGAUACACAUCUUUGAAUCACCUUGCUCAAGCUGCGCGUGCAGUACUUCAAAAUUCUAGUCAAAUAAAUCAAAUGUUAGCAGACUUAAAUCGUGUAGAUUUUCAUAACGUCCAAGAACAAGUAUGUCAGUCAUAUUAUUUAUGUAAAAAUUAUUAUUAUUAUUAUUUUAAUUAUUAUUGCUGCUACUACUACUACUAUUACUACUACUACUCUCAUGAUCCAAAGGCCUCCUGGGUUUGUCAAUGCGAUUAUGCAGUUGUUCAAAAAUUGGAAGCAGAUUUCAAGGUCACUCUACAACAACAAAAUUCAUUAGAACAGUGGGCUGUAUGGCUGAAAAGUGUUGUUACUCAAGUUUUGAAGCCUUUCGAGGGUAAACCAUCGUUUUCUAAAGCAGCUCGUCAAUUUCUUCUCAAAUGGUCUUUUUAUAGUUCAAUGGUUAUUCGUGAUUUAACAUUACGUAGUGCAGCUAGCUUUGGGUCGUUUCAUCUCAUUCGCUUGCUAUAUGAUGAAUACAUGUUUUAUCUCAUUGAACAUCAGGUCGCUAUUGCAACUGGUACUACUCCAAUAGCAGUUAUGGGUGAUAAAAAUCAAGCUUAUCAGAUAAUCAAUGAUUAUGACAUGACUUCCAACGGAAGUGUUUCAAGUAUAAAUGAACAAAAACGGAUCAAAAUUAGCUAA